AUGGAAGGUUUUAACAAAAUUUUUGAUCAUGUCAUCAGAAAUAAAGGAAAAGUUUUCUUUGUGGAUGGUCCUGGUGGGACUGGCAAGACAUAUCUUUACAGGGCUGUUUUGGCCAAAGUUCGAUCUACGGACCGCAUCGCAGUGGCUAUAGCUACAUCCGGUAUUGCAGCAUCCAUCAUGCCUGCUGGUCGUAUGGCUCAUUCGAGGUUCAAAAUUCCCAUAAAACUUCAAGAUAAUUCUGUUUGCAACUUUACCAAACAAAAUGGUACUGCGGCACUAUUGCGUGAGGCGUCUUUAAUUAUAUGGGAUGAGGUUGCGAUGACACGAAGGCAGGAUGUGGAAAUACUUGACAGAUCGUUACGGGAUAUUACAGGGUGUGAUUUACCAUUUGGUGGUAAAGUAAUGGUAUUUGGAGGGGAUUUCAGACAAGUUCUACCUGUUGUUGCUAGAGGUACUAGAGCACAAAUUUGUGACGCUACCUUGCUUCAAUCCUAUAUAUGGGAUGAUAUCAAGAUAAUACGGUUGAAGCAGAACAUGAGAGCACAGAAUGAUGUAUGGUUCUCGCAGUUUCUGUUAAGAAUUGGUGAUGGAACAGAAAAGACCUUCCCAAAUGAUUAUGUGGAUCUGCCCGAUGACAUUAUGCUUGAGUAUAAUGAUGAUCAGUCUAUUGAUACUCUCAUCGAUCAUGUGUUUCCUGAUCUAGCUAACAACUACACCUCCGUCAGUUACAUGCGCGAGCGUGCUAUCUUGUCAACAAGAAAUGAGUAUGUUGAUAGCCUCAACGCGAUGAUGAUUGCAAAGUUUUCUGGAGAAUAA